AUGCCGCCUUCCCUCAGAUCUUCCGCGUGGCUUCGGCCGCGCGGUGCCUCCCUUGGACUUCUAUAUAUCACCCUUGCCACCUUGUCCUCCUUCAUCAGCACAUCUUCCGCCGAAUCAACGCACCCUCAGCUCCCUGCUAGCACCGGUAAUCAAGAAGAGGGCGACCGAAUUGGCAACUGGACCUCCUUGACCUGUUCGGAUCCAGCUGCUGAAAAUGCUCUGUUUACGGGCUGCGCCCAGCGCUGGUCGGAGUUGGACGCCGACGAUGCUUGGAAAGACGUCAUCCGAGUCUGGACUCAAUAUGACAAGGGCAAAACCACUUUCAGUGCAUCCGUCAUGAACACGCUUCACGCCCCUAACAAAACGGACUGUGGAUUGCUCGCAGGAGGCAAUUGUGAUCAGACCCUACCUUGCGGCUAUUUUGAAGGAACUGACGGUAAGGGUGGUUCGGGGCCCGCGGCCACUGAGAUUUAUAACUCUUUCAACAUGAUUAACGAGCUAUACUACGAUUUAUACGGCCAAUUUUACUCAUCUGCACAAGCCAACAUGUUCUCGAUUAUGUCCAUGGAGGACACCUUCGCACCGGUGCGUCCGAAACAUAACGAGAAGUGGCUCCUGAUAUUACGCAACCUGCUGGAUCUCGGCGUCACGGCAAUCACCGCGGCAUACUUGGACGGAUACGCCGGCGCCAACACAGCCAAAGAUAUCGUUAAUGCCACCCUCGUGUUAGGAACUGCAGUCAUUCCCGCUACGGUCGAUGGCAGCUCAAAUAAACAAUGGACACCAAAGGCCCAGGCAACCUUCAGUGCCACCAUGGGACAGGUGGUCUCCGGCUGGGCCACUGUUGUCGAAAACCAGGUCUAUACAUUGUUCAAUGGAUCAGAAGCCUCUGUCCAGCUCCUCGGAUCUAUGAUUGCCAAUGGCAAUCUCAUCGAGUGUAACGGCAGUUCGGUUACAGACACGGAGAACCUCCUGGGGGACCACAUCCAGAAAGUCUUCUACGGCUUGUCCAUCCCGGCCCUCUGGACCGUCUCCGGCACUCACGCCUUCGUUGUUGACUCGGGCUAUCCCUGCGGCACGGUUAACCCGUUGACCCAGUACAUGACCGAGGACACCCAAGAAGCCACCUAUUCAUGUCAUAACGGCAGCUUGUAUUAUCUAGUCUAUCCUGACGGCGGUAACCCGACCCAUUUCACCGCACCACCGGGACUGGACGAACUCGUCUCGGGGCGCUGGGGUAACCUCACCUUGUCCGAUCUCAUCGCGGGAUCCGUCAACACGUACGUCGCCAACGGCAACGCGAAUGGAGGGGCCCCCGCCAGCCCACAGAGCCAGCAGACUCUGCAAGACCUCGCGAAGAAGGACAUCACGACCCCCGGCUUCAUCACCCUCCCGGUGUGCAGCCCCCAGGUUGCCUGGGCCUCGUGGUCAAAGUCCAACGCCAGCGCCCCGAGCUACCCCUGCAACGCGCUGUAG